AUGGAGGAUUGGGAAGAGCGCUUUCAGAGGCAGCUGGGCAAAGCCGUGGUGGAGUUGACAGGCGACUUCACUCCAGACAUCGAUGCCCUGGAGCGUGCCGACGUAGUGGUCACAACCCCCGAGAAGUGGGACGGCAUCUCACGACAUUGGCAGCACCGAGCGUACGUGAGGAAGGUGGGUCUGGUCAUCAUCGACGAGAUCCACCUCUUGGGGCAGGAUCGUGGGCCUGUGCUGGAAGUCAUUGUGUCUCGAAUGCGAUACAUCUCCUGCAACCUGGAUAAGGCCAUCCGUUUCGUUGGCCUCAGCACGGCCUUGGCCAAUGCCCACGACAUUGCGGACUGGCUCGGCAUUGGUAUCGUUGGUCUCUACAACUUCAAGCCGUCUGUGAGGCCUGUGCCGAUGACGGCACACAUCCAAGGGUAUCCGGAGAAGCACUUUGUCGCACGGAUGGCGCAGAUGAACAAGCCGUGCUUUCAUGCGAUCAAGAACCACGCCGUGAAGCCGGAUGGGACCAAGCCCACGCUGAUCUUCGUCUCGUCCCGGCGACAGACGCGCCUCACAGCGCUUGACAUUGUGGCAUUCAUGUCGGCGGAUCCGGACGAAGAUCCUCGGCAAUUCUGCAAGAUGGAGCCUCACGAGCUUGAGUAUGCCACCCGAAGAGUCACGGACCAGAGUCUGAAGCACACGCUGGAGUUCGGCAUCGGCAUUCACCAUGCCGGCCUUCCCGAGCGGGAUCGCAAGGUGGUCGAGGAGCUUUUCGUGGAGGCAAAGAUCAUGGAGUGGCAGGUGGUGUAUCCACAGCGGUCCUGCGACGUCGAAGUGUCGGAUGGAGUGGUCACCUCGGUAUUACGGGCCUCCGUGGACUUCGAGUCUUUCAGCCGAGUCGCGAAGGGCCGCGAGCGAGCCGAGGCCCGACAGCUGGCCCGCGAAGGAGACCACAGGGAAGCCCAGAAGCGGAUGGACGCAGCGAUCCAAGAGAUCGAUUGGGGACCGUUUCUUGUUUUUGGUGUCAUUCCAUUGCUUGUCCUGUACUGUUGCACAAUCAUCCCGGCCGAAAGCGGCUUUGCGGCUCUACUGGUGGCGAUGGCCACCGUGCCGUUGUGCUGCUGUCUCAGUGUUCUGAGUUUGGCUGACAGUGGUCGAAAUCAUGACGACCUUGGUUUUGGAAAGUACUCUGUCCGAGCAGUUUUUGGCAUUCGGCUUAUGGGGUUCCUCGCGCUGGCUUUGCUGGUGCUGAUGACGAUCCAACACGCUCGGCAAGGAUUCUCAUGGACUGCAGCCAUCGUGUGGCCUGUGCCCUUGUCUUGUGGCGGGCUUGUUCUACUUUUUAGUGUUGUUACAAGAAGCAACGAUGAAUUGCACGGCAAGCAGAAGGAAACCCUUGAACGAGAGCGCAAGGAAGCCCAAGGCGAAGUCAGCAACAGCACCAUCCGCUUCGAGGGGAGCGUCAUCCGUGAACCUGGCCGGCUCUGCGUGGCCAGCUGGCCAGGGAAGUACGAAGGCGCGUGGGAAUCCCUCGUGUCGCAAGGCCGCAAUGGCACAGUCAGCGCAGCGGUCGUCUUCCUCCCUCAAGGCACGGACGACUACGGCCAAUGCGACAGCAUCCCACUGGCUGAAGUCUUACCCGGCACCUGCUGGUGCACGCCCCUCUACGGUGAGCAGAAGCCAUGGGGGUGCAGAUGGUUUACAAAAUGGAGGGAGAACAUCGAGACGGCAGUGGAGUCCGGAGCAGAGUUGGAAGUCUACUACUUUCAGCACCACGUUGGCAAAGGCAAAGUGAAUAGCUUCGGCACGGCAGGCGACGACAACCUCCAGAGGGAGAAGGUGAACAAGAAGCAACAAGACUUCGAAGAGUCUCUCGAGUUCCAGCAGGCGUUGGACGCAGGUCUCGGCAACCUUUCCAAGCAGCCGCGUGGCGACGGAUCCUCCCAGUACAGCCGUGAAGCCCGGCGCCUGUUCCUCGCCUCCCUCCCGGAGACAGAGCGUCAGUUUCUCGCAGCCUCAGAGGGCCUGGGCAACUCCCAGAAAGCCGAGGUCGCAUGGCUGGAAAAGAAGGGCUACACAUACUGGGAGGUGGACGUCUCUACGUGGCUCCCGGGAGAGGGAGUUGAGAGAUACGUCCAGCUACAUGGUGAACGACAGCCGCAACUUUAUGGCCGGCAGGACGACUUCUCACCAGUCUCAAUUUCGAUAGCUCGAGAAUAG